UUAAACAAGUUUCCUUUGAUACAGUCGGCGAGAUAAUUCUCUUGAGAAAUGCCACUGUUUAAACCGAAAAAUUCUACAAGGUCCGCAACAGCGUACGAAAAGAACAGCAAUAAUUCUUCACCUAAUCACGACGGCGGUCACCCAAACAGUAACGGAAAUUCAACGACCGCCGGAAAUGGAACAAGAACAAAUCCUCAAGAACCGCCGACGAGUCCCGUCGGAAGGCCGCAGUUGGUAUUCCACUGUCAACUGGCCCACGGAAGUCCUACGGGAUUGAUAUCCGGGUUCAGUAACGUCAGGGAGUUGUAUCAAAAAAUUGCGGAAUGUUACGAAUUGCCAGCGAAUGAGAUACUUUUUUGCACCCUCAACACGCACAAGGUCGAUAUGCUGAAAUUAUUAGGGGGUCAAAUUGGCUUGGAUGAUUUUAUUUUCGCUCACAAAAAAGGUAGACCAAAAGAAGUUGAACUCGUUAAAAAUGAUGAUGCCUUGGGUCUUACCAUCACAGACAAUGGCGCAGGCUACGCAUUUAUAAAGCGCAUCAGAGAGGAAUCAGUUAUUGAUAGAGCAAAGGUGAUACAAGUCGGUGAUCAUAUCGAGAAGAUAAAUGGAGAAUCUUUGGUAGGCAAAAGGCACUUUGAGGUAGCAAAACUCCUCAAAGAUAUAUCCAGAGGAAGUACAUUCACACUGAGACUGGUUGAACCACAGAAAAAUGGAUUUGGUAGCAUCGGUCCGAGAGGGGACCCCAGGAAGGGCAAGAAACAAGGCUAUGGCAAUGGCAAAGGAACUCUCAGGUUUAGGGCUGACGGAAGUGCACAAAUUGAAAACGAACCGGAUGAUUAUGCAACAAAUGGAGUUGAAAAAAUUAAUGGGCUACUGGAAAGUUUUAUGGGUAUAAAUGAUAACGAAUUAGCUACACAAAUUUGGGAAUUAGCCGAGGGGAAACAGAAUAGCAUGGACUUUGCCGAAGCUAUUGACAAUUCCGACUUGGAAGUAUUUGGCUUCACCGAUGAUUUUGUUAUCGAAUUAUGGGGUGCUGUAACUGAUGCAAGAGCUGGACGUCUACGAUGAUUAUUAUUUACAAAAAGAGUAAACGAAUAAUUUUAUUGCUUGUUCAUUUAAACGCAAUAACAGAUAGGUCAGUAUUGCCAUAAUAAUGCAGACAUCAAUUAUCGCAGGGUAUUACGCCCGUUUUGUAUUUUAAAUAUUGUUUUCCAUAUAUUAUUUCUGCUUAUUUUAGGCCGUACAUGCAUACACUUAAAAAAU